AUGAGCAACGGCAAGGCCAACGGGCAAAUCUUCAUCAACCAUCCAGCUGUAAGGCCGGCAUGGUCAAGGAUAAAUGUCGGUAAUGGAACAGAAGCACUUGGUCACAAUCCUGCGUCGUUCCUUAUCACCCCAGACAAUGAGUACUCUUUGGUAUCCGCCCAUGUUCUUGCUGAGCUGGGUGUUGUCGAAUAUGAGAGAUUCUCUCCAAACUCCCACCGUAUCGGCUAUUUUGAGGAUCCCUCUGGUCGAGAGGUCCUCAUUAUUGGAGGGGUGAGGCUCGAGGUGAAGUUGAAGGUGGCAGUCAACACCCAACGGGACGCACUUUUUCGCGGUGUUAUCGGCUUCAUGGUCUACCAAGAACCCCCAGAACCGGCCGAUAGGGCCUUCUCGAUGGGUCGUUGCAGCCUCCUUUGCUGCCAUGGCUGGAACCGGCUCCUGGUGCCCCACGAUUCGGGUCUGCCACUCCAUGUACCACUAUCCUCGCAACAACAACAACUACUGCAACAGCACCAACAACAGAUACAGCAACAUGUAGCUCAACAGCUACACCUACUUUACCAGCAAUACCUACUUCAACAGCAACAACUAGCACAGCAGAACGGGAACGGCCACCUCGCCAUCGCCAGCACUAAUUCCAACCCCAACCCCCACACCAACAGCGACAGUAACGUCGAUGCCCAGCCGACACUGACGGCAAGUGCGAGCAACAACCACGGCACGACCAGCGGCCAGACAAACAUUCACCCCAUGCCGAACUAG